UUUCUUAAAUGGCAGAGAACGAGAAGCUCUUAGCUGGAAAGAAAGUGCCAGAAAUUAAUCUCCGAAAAUAAACGCACACGGAAAGAAAAGGAGAGAUGGGAUUAAACGCAUUGACGAAAGGAAGCUUUGUAGAAACGAGUAAAAGAGCAAAUUCAGUUGGAGGGAAUUGAAAGACAGUUGCUGAAACAGGACACCGAGAAACGACAGAAGGGAGAGAAAUACAUUUAAAAAAAACAAAAAAAAAAACAAAACGGAUUCGCAUGCAAUUUAAUACGAGCUGCUAGCUUUGCGCGCAUUUAGAAUAAUUCCGAGUACAGAGGGAAGGUUGUGAGGAUAAUUAGUUUGUGUGUGUGUGUGUGUGUAACGACGUGGGAUAAAACAAAACGGUCUGGCGAGGACACGUCGGUACUGCACCGCCAGUCGAUAGAAAUGCCCUAAAAGAAAAACAAACGCAUUCGUAUCAGUAAGGUUAGGUGGAUUCCUAGUUGGGUGUGUGUCUAAUUAAAGAAAGGCCUGUGUCAAAAAGCAAUCAAUAAUCAUUAUGCGAGGAAAUCAUUAUGCUUUUGUUUGGUGGCUUGCUGAAUAUGAAAACGUUCGCCUGCGAAAUAUAAUUCGGGUUAGUUAGUCGUGGUACGAGGUGGCAGAAUUAAGACUGUCGUGGGAAUUACAGUUGCGGUAAUUGGUUAUAAUUGAUAGCUGGUUAGCGCCGUUUGGACUGCACUUGACGAAGGGGGCGGGGCCGCGACGCCAAAGGGGCGGGGCCUCGCAUUGUAAGCAGACGGGCGCCCGGACUUGUGCACUUGAAAUUAUAACAAUAAAACAAUUCAAACCUGGAAAAAUAUCUGUAUAACCCUAUCACCUGAUUAUUAUUAUUAUUGCCGUUUGAAGAGGAACGGAAAGACCGCACAGCGUAUAAUGCAUGCAGUGCAUUUAAAUGGAUUUGCAGUUUAAAUCAGUCGGCGUGUUUUUGUUUUAUUUUUAUAUACAGUAUUUGCAAAUGUGCAGAUCAGCACGGUAGGUGCUACCGUUUAUAAAUAAGAGUAUCCAAAAAAAAAAAAAAAUACAAAUAUUAAAUAUAGUUUUUAGAAAGUGUGAUUGUCAAAUUCCCGUGACUCGGGUUCUCAGGGCUGAGUUGCAUAAGAGUAACGCUAUGGCCGGGGCGCGGCGGCUGGCCGCCUCUCAGAGCUGGGGCGAGGCGGCGUGUCUCUCUCGCUACGGAAUGCGGUCUCUCCAUGAAGUAUUCGAGGUGGUCGGCUCCCUCCUCACCGACAGCGACCUCGACGUGCUGUCCUUCCUGCUGGACGAGGCGUACCCGGCCGCGCACCCGCUCGACCCCGCCGGCUGGGCGGUGGAGCUGGAAGGCUGGACCGGCGCCGCUUGCCCGCGGCUUCAAGCGGCCGUGCAGCGGUACCGGGGACGGCGUGGGAGCUCGACCGGCGUGGAGCUGCUGCUGGAGCUGGAGCGGAGGGGCGUGUGUGACGAGUCCAACUUCAACCACCUUGUGCAGCUGCUGCGCAUUCUUACCCGACACGACCUGAUGCCGUUUGUGACCCAGAAAAAAAGGAGGACAGUGUCUCCAGAGCGCUGCAGUUACGGCCCUGUGAUCUCGGGCACAGAGGAGGAGGAGGAGGGGGGUGUGAGGAAGAGUGUGGCGGAGAUGGAAGGGGCAGGCAGGGGGCAGUGGAGAGCAGGGGUCGACCCGAACAGGCAGAGUCCAGCCGGCUCCAAACGCCCCAGGGGCAAGAAGCACAGGGGUAGAAAACUCAACGGCCUCCCCAGGAGAGCAGGAGGAAGGGGGCAGGGGCAACAGCACUCCUCGGCUCAGCACAGAGUCACCUGUGAUGUGCGUCUGCGCGUGCGCGCGGAGUACUGCGAUCAUGAUGCAGCUCUGCGCGGGGGCGUGUCCUCCAGCAAGCCGGGCCUCGCGGAGCGGCAGUUCGAUCUCUUCAGCCAGGCCGAUGCGCUGCUCCGCUCACGGGACCUCGGCGCCAUCGUGUGCGACAUCAAAUUCUCGGACCUGUCCUACCUGGACGCCUUCUGGAAGGACUACCUGAGCGGAGCGCUGCUGGAGGCCCUGAGAGGCGUCUUCAUCACAGACUCUCUGCGCAGGGCCGUGGGCAGUGAGGCUGUGGAGCUGCUGGUCAGCGUGGAUGAGGAGGACUACGCGGAGGGCAGGAGGAGGCUGCUGGGGGACCACGGGCAGCCACUGCGCUGACACACACACAGAGAGAGGUGGUGUGUGUGUGUGUGU